GUGUAGGCCAUGUUAUUCUCCUUUGACAACAAGGCCUGCCUGUAUAUAAGCAGUGCCUAUUCUUUGAGAUUCACAUGCAAAGACAAAAUCUCCCAUAAAGAACUGUCUUUGUUUGUGUUCUUCCUUUUUGUUUUCUAAUUCCAUGGCAAGUUCAGUUGUUGUUUCAUGGAUGGUUUUAGGCCUUUUCAUGGCAAUUUCAACCACUCAUGUUGAGGCUGCUGGCAGGGCCUUUUUCGUAUUUGGUGAUUCUCUGGUUGAUAAUGGCAAUAACGAUUAUCUCGACACCACUGCUCGAGCCGACUCACCUCCUUAUGGCAUCGAUACUCCUAGCCAUCGCCCCACCGGCCGUUUCUCCAAUGGAAAAAACAUUCCUGAUUUCAUCAGUGAUGCACUUGAAUCAGAGCCUACAUUGCCAUAUUUGAGUCCAGAACUUAAUGGAGAUAAGCUACUUGUGGGUGCCAACUUCGCUUCUGCCGGUAUUGGAAUCCUCAAUGACACUGGAAUCCAAUUUAUAAACAUUAUAAGAAUGUUCAGACAAUUUGAAUACUUUGAAGAAUACCAGUCCAGGUUGGCCGACCUUAUCGGAGAAGAUGAAGCACAAAGGAUGGUAAACGGUGCACUUGUCCUCAUCACCGUUGGCGGCAAUGAUUUUGUUAACAACUACUACUUGGUGCCAUUUUCAGCAAGAUCUCGCCAAUUCAAUCUUCCAGAUUACGUUAGAUAUCUCAUCUCUGAGUACAGCAAACUUCUAAUGAGACUGUAUGAGCUAGGAGCACGUCGGGUUCUGGUGACUGGGACCGGACCAUUGGGGUGUGUUCCUGCAGAACUGGCAAUGAGGAGUCCAAGUGGUCAGUGUGACCCGGAGCUGCAACGAGCAGCGGCAUUGUAUAAUCCACAACUUCUUGAAAUGGUUAAUGGGCUCAAUAGCCAGCUGGGUACAACUAUUUUCCUUGCUGCUAAUACACAGCAACAAACCAUUAAUUUCAUCAGUAGUCCAGGAGCCUAUGGUUUUAGUACAUCAAAGAUAGCUUGUUGUGGUCAAGGACUAUACAAUGGCCUGGGAUUGUGCACUCCAUUAUCAAAUUUGUGCCCGAAUAGAGACGAGUAUGUUUUUUGGGAUCCAUUCCAUCCAUCCCAAAGGGCUAAUGGGAUUAUCGUUGACAUGAUUUUGAAGGGUUCAGCCGAACACAUGAGCCCCAUGAAUCUCAGCACCUUCUUGGCUUUGGACGCCACCACCAAGACUUAGUUCAGCUCCAUUUGCGCAGCCUAAGCUUGUGUGAUACCAUUUGUUGUAUGCUAUUGCCAUACCAUUCACUUGAUCAUUAAUUUAUUAUGUUGUUCGUGUUGGAAUUCACUU